CCUGUUUUCCUCCCUCACAGGGCUGUCACCUGGCCUCGCUGGCUGUGUGGGUUCUGGCCCCACGUUGCUGUGCCCCUCAGCCUGCUGUGCCCCACCUCUUGGACUGUUUCCUUUUCUGUACACAGAGGGAUGGGACUUGGUCUCCGUCUCACAGGCAACCCAACAGAGCCACUGAAGGGAGGCGGACAGGUAAAGAAGGAGCCUCUGGCCCGGUGUGGUGGCUCAUGCCUGUAAUCACAGCACUUUGGGAGACUGAGGCAGGUGGAUCACAAGGUCAAGAAAUCGAGACCAAGGGCCUGGCGUCCGCUUGUUGCGUCCACCCACAAUUCCCGCCGUGGCUGCGUGCGGGCCGGAGUGUUUGCCGGCUGGAGUCUGCGCCGGAGCCCGCCGCCUGUAACAUGUUGCAAAAACCGAGGAACCGGGGUGGCUCUAGCGGCCACGCCAAGAGGGUCAGAGACUCGAGCCAAGGUGGAGACGCCCGGGCCCCCAGAGACUGCGUUGCGGAGGAGAUCCCGAGCACGUCCCGCGGGUUGCGCGGCUUGCAGGGGGCGCGGGGCUCCUCGCCUCAGGGCGCCCGCGAUUCUCUGGCCGCCCCCGCUGUGGGGCCCAUGACCCAGAAGCAGCUGGAGCUGAAAGUGUCCGAGCUGGUGCAGUUCUUGCUGAUUGAGGAGAAGAUUCCGAUCAAGUGGGCCGACAUACUGAAGCACGUCGUCGGGGACUACAAGGACGUCUUCCCAGACCUCCUCAAACUGGCCGCCGAGCGCCUCCAGUACGUCUUCGGGUACAAGCUGGUGGAACUUGAACCCAAGAGCAACACUUACAUCCUCAUCAACACCCUGGAGCCCGUGGAGGAAGAUGCCGAGGUGAGGGGCUACCAAGGCACGCCCACCAAGGUCCUCCUGAUGAUCGUCUUAGGGCUCAUCUUUAUGAAGGGCAACACCAUCAAGGAGACUGAAGUCUGGGACUUUCUGCGGCGGUUAGGGGUCUAUCCUACCAAGAAGCAUUUAGUUUUCGGAGAUCCAAAGAAACUCAUCACUGAGGAUGUGCGGCAGCAUUACCUGGAGUACCGGCGGAUACCUCACACCGACCCCAUGGACUACGAAUUCCAGUGGGGCCCACGAACCAACCUGGAAACCAGCAAGAAGAAAGUUCUUAAGUUUGUGGCCAAAGUCCAUAAGCAAGACCCCAAGGACUGGCCAGCACAGUACUGUGAGGCUUUGGCCUAUGAGGAGAACAGAGCCAGACCUCAGCCGAGUGGCCCAGCCCCAUCCUCUUGAAAUCUGAGGUGGAUUCAGAGGGAAUCCCAGGACAAAAGUCUGAGACCCAAAGGCACAUCUAGAGGGAUGGGGGAAGGGAGAACUCAGGGAGCAUAUUUCUGUAACACUUCAAUGUGCGUAGCUUUAGGAUGUGUUUGCACAGUUUUGUUCUUUAAUGUUGUGUUAUUUGGUUCCAGAUUUUCAUUUAUAAAAGGAGGAUUUGUUUUGUUUUGAUUUUACUGUUUUUGGUAUGAAAAAUUUUGUUAGUAAAACGAGUUGGAAAACUUGACUAUGAUCUGGAACAGAUAUGCAAGAAGAAACACAGUGAGUUGCUUUGCUGCCAAGAAAAUAAAAGCAAGCUAGCUAUUAUUGGGUCUCAUAACUACCCCAGUUUGUAAGGAAAAAUAAAAGUUUUUAUAAAAUUAAAAAAAAAAAACGAGACCAUCCUGGCUAACAUGGUGAAACCCCAUCUCUACUAAAAUACAAAAAGCCGGGCACGGUGGUGCAUGCUGUAAUCCAGUACUCCGGAAGCUGAGGCAGGAGAAUUUCUUAACCCAGGAGACAGAGGUUUCAAUAAACUGAGAUUGUGCCACUGCACUCCAGCCUGGCACGAGACACCAUCUCAAAAGAAAGAAGGAGCUUCUGAGGCUUUCCUCAUCCUCCUACAGCCCAAGGGUUGACCGGAAACUGAAAAUGGAUCGUGAGAAGCUGGAGAAACAGCCCAUGCAUGAGAGGGACAAGUAUCAGACCGCCUGCAAGAGCACUGUUUUCUUGGAGGUGCGUGUGUUGGGGCGAGAGCUGGAGGGGAGACUUGGAAAAAAGAUCCUUACCAUACAGAUGGGGAAAUUGGGGCCUCCAGAGCUCUGACUGCUGCAGGCCCAUCACAGCCCCCAGGACUCCACUGCUUCCUGAAGAAGAUACUCUCCACCCUGUCUGUGGUUGUUGAAGCUUUCAUGAGCUGAUGCCCUCCAGGCUGCCUGUCCUGCGCUGCCCAGGCCCAUCGCCACCUCCUUCCUUGUGUGCUCCCUCUGCCUGGCCCCAUCGUCCUGCUGCCACUCCUCCUGGCCAGCUCUUCCUGGGCCCUUCCCCACUGCCCCAGGCCCAACAGCUCAUUAAUCUCUUCCUUCGUGUGGAAACUCCAUCCACUUGUCAGGACCUUAGUCAGCUCUUAACAUACAGGUGGGAGCAAAGAGCAACGACCUGCAUUGCUGUGUGUUUGCCCACAGUGUUCGCCAUGGCCGGAGUCCCCUGCAAAACCCCCGCCACCUCUCAGCUCUCUGGCUCUGACCUCUCCCCACUCCUGCAGGCUCCUGUCCCCAGAGAGGCUCUGUUCCUCACCGCCAUUUGCUCUGGACACCUUGGAGUGUAGCCCUGUUAAGGAGCUGAACCAUAGAACCUCCAUCUCAGAGACAGAGCAGUGGCUGUAUCAGCAUCGGUUCUCCAGCUACUGCCAGAUGCUGGCCAACUUCACUGAAAAAAUAUGGUUGCAAGUCCUCCCUCAGUGCAAUUAUGCUCACAGUCCUCUAUGUGUGAAGAGCGGAAGAGGAACUUAGACCAACUGGAACUCAAGCCCGUGUGAUUUGCUGGCAGUCAUACAGUUCUAUCCGCUCAAGGCUGUGACAGCUUUUCAAGUGCUCCAGGGAUGCAUCUGUGAUUAGUGGGCAGUUGUCCAGCUCAAUCACCUCCAGCUGGUCAUGGG